GGAAAAUCCAUGUCAAGACACCUCAGGAGAGAAGCAAAGAAUGAAGCUUUCUUGUUCUUAUGAUGGUGAUCAAACAGCGGUUGAACCUCCAAAUCAAGAGAGUGUUGUGUCCUUCGAGGAGGUGGCUGUUUAUUUCUCUGAGGACGAAUGGUCUCAGCUGGAUCCUGACCAGAAAGCGCUGCAUUCGGAAGUCAUGCUUGAAAACCAUAGGAACGUGGUCUCUCUGGGUAAUAAUGGGCAGGAGAAUCAAGAUUCCUGUGAACUAUUCCAAGUGAUCAAUGCUAAAGAUGGAACGGAGAAGUUUGGAAUUCGAAUGGAAUUCGAAAGCCAUGAGAGAAACCAGUCAAAGAAUUGGAAUCAGGAAAGCUCAUCUUCCACUGAUGCUCCAAUGCAAGACUUUCUUGCCCAAGAAGAGAAAAUAAGGAAAAACUAUUCUGGAAAAAGUGUGCAGAUAUUCAAAGGUAAAGUACAAGUAAAUGAAAACUAUUUAACCGAAAACAACGAAGAUGCUAUAAGAAGAUACAACGGACAAAAUUACAAUGGGACAUUCAUUCUUUCACUUGGGAAUAACUUCCUUAUAUCUCAAAAAGUGAUUGACACAAAAGAGGAGCCGUAUAAAUGUUUGCAAUCUGGAAAAUGUUUUAGAACAAACACGCAACUUACUUUCCAUAAUAGGAUCCAGUUGGGAGAAAAACCAUAUAAAUGCAUGGAAUGUGGAAAGACCUUUGCUGAUAGCAGUAAUCUUAUUUCCCAUGAAAGAAUUCACACAGGGGAGAAACCAUAUAAAUGCACAGAGUGUGGAAUGACCUUUGCUCAAAGUGGUCAUCUUAUUUCCCAUAAAUUCAUCCACACAGGGGAGAAGCCAUAUAAAUGCACAGAGUGUGGAAAGACCUUUACUCGAAGAAGUAGUCUUAUUUCCCAUAAGAUGAUACACACUGGGGAGAAGCCGUAUAAAUGCAUGGAGUGUGGAAAGACCUUUGCUCUGAGCAGUAGACUUAGAAGCCACAAAAAGAUCCACUCAGGAGAGAAACCAUAUAAAUGCAUGGAGUGUGGAAAGACCUUUGCUAAUAACAGUGACCUAAGAAGACACCAAAUGAUCCACUCAGGAGAGAAACCAUAUAAAUGCAUGGAGUGUGGAAAGACCUUUGCUAAUAACAGUGACCUAAAAAGACACCAAAUGAUCCACUCAGGAGAGAAACCAUAUAAAUGCAUGGAAUGUGGAAAGACUUUUGCUGAUAGCAGUAAUCUUAUUUCCCAUGAAAGAAUUCACACAGGAGAAAAACCAUUUAAAUGCAUGGAGUGUGGGAAAACCUUUACUCGAAGAAGUAAUCUUAUUUCCCAUAAGAUGAUACACACAGGGGAGAAGCCGUAUAAAUGCAUGGAGUGUGGAAAGACGUUUACUUAUAGCAGUGGACUUAGAAGCCACAAAACGAUCCACUCAGGAGAGAAACCAUAUAAAUGCAUGGAGUGUGAAAAGACCUUUGCUUGGCGCAGUGACCUUAGAAGACACAAAACGCUCCACACAGGAGAGAAACCAUAUAAAUGCAUGGUGUGUGGAAAGACCUUUGCUCAAAGUGGUCAUCUUAUUUCCCAUAAGUUCAUCCACACCUGGGAGAAGCCGUAUAAAUGCACGGAGUGUGGAAAGACCUUUGCUCAGAGCAGUGGCCUUAGAAGCCACAAAACGCACCACACGAGAGAAACCAUUUAAAUGCAUGGAGUGUGGAAAGACCUUUACUUGAAGAAGUAAUC